AUGAGAUGGGAUAGCAAGGUAAAGAUAUACAAGACUUGUAUCAGACCAAUCAUGACAUACGGAAUAGAAACCAGAGAGGAAACCAACAAAACGAAGAGCAUGCUUCGAGUAGCCGAGAUGAAAACGCUCAGGACAAUAAUGGGAAAAACAAGAAGAGACCGAAUUAAGAACACCGACAUCAGGGAACAAUGUGAGGUGCAAGACAUAGUAAGGUGGGGCAGACAAAGAAAAAGAGGUUGGUACGCCCACGUGAGAAGAAUGGAUGAGAGAGGACUGCCACGAAUUGCAUUAGAAGGGAAACCAACAGGGAAAAGAGAACCUGGAAGACCACCUAAGAGAUGGAAGGACAGCUGGCAGUCCACCUCCCAAGAACUGUUACAGAGGACCCAUCAAAAUUAA